AGCAACUGGAAUCCGGGGUACCUCGGGAAAAGGAUGAUGAAAUCCUUUUUCUCUCCUCUUUUUCCUUUCGCAUUUAUUAAAUUCUGCGCUUGGAGAGUCGGAGACGACAGAGAUGAUUAAAUGGCAAGCAGUUUUUCCAAUGGUUGAAUAAACGAGCAAAUUUAUUUUUUUGGCCCGAAACCCUUGCCUGCACAAGGCUUUAAAGCUUUACGGCUGUUGCGUGAAGACUCAGAUUUUGCAGUGUCUCUGGUUGCGUUCGAAAUCCUGUCAAGGGGUUAGCGACAGAUAAAAUUUGAGCUCGUGGAAUUCAAUAACUAAGUUUACAGAAGUAUCAAACAAAAUCUGGCAACAUGACGUCUCUUAGUAGGGAAUUGGUGUUCCUUAUCCUGCAAUUUUUGGAUGAGGAGAAAUUUAAAGAGUCUGUGCACAAACUUGAGCAAGAAUCUGGCUUUUAUUUCAACAUGAAGUAUUUUGAGGACAAGGCUAUGGCUGGGGAAUGGGAUGAAGUUGAGCGUUAUCUCUCAGGGUUCACGAAGGUUGAUGACAAUCGGUAUUCCAUGAAAAUUUUCUUCGAGAUCAGGAAGCAGAAGUAUCUAGAAGCCCUGGACAGACAAGACCGUGCCAAGGCAGUUGAUAUAUUGGUGAAUGAUCUGAGGGUAUUCUCAACAUUUAACGAAGACCUAUAUAAGGAAAUCACUCAGCUCUUAACACUGAAUAACUUCAGAGAAAAUGAACAAUUGUCUAAAUAUGGCGAAACAAAGUCUGCAAGAAGUAUCAUGCUUCUGGAGCUUAAAAAACUGAUAGAGGCGAAUCCUUCAUUUCGAGAGAAACUUGCAUUUCCUAACUUGAAGGCAUCAAGGCUGCGAACUUUGAUUAACCAAAGUGGUUUGAGCAGUUUGAACUGGCAGCACCAGCUAUGCAAAAAUCCUAGACCAAAUCCAGACAUAAAGACAUUGUUCACAGAUCAUGCAUGUGGACCUCCAAAUGGAACUCGGACUCCUACACAGGCUACAGCUUCACUGGCAGGUGGAUUACCCAAAACACCCUUUCCACCUAUUGGAGGACCUCAUGGGCCUUUUCAACCAGUUGCAACCGCCACUAACACCUUGGCAAGUUGGAUGUCAAAUCCCACUGUGGUUACGUCUGCUCAACCUUCUGUUGCUGUUGGAACUAUUCCAAUUCCUUCUAAUCAAGUAUCUCUUCUAAAACGUCCAAGAACUCCUCCAACCAGUGCAACUCUGGUUGAUUAUCAAACUGCUGAUUCUGAGCCUUUAAUGAAGCGAGUGCGUCCAAUUCCUCAGUCUAUUGAGGAGGUGACAUAUCCAGGUUGUACUCAACGAUGGUCAUUGGAGGACCUUCCAAGGACAGUAGCCCAAACACUUAAUCAAGGUCAUUCUGUUACAAGCAUGGACUUUCAUCCUUCUCAACAAACACUAUUACUUGUUGGCACUGGGAAUGGAGAAAUAACACUAUGGGAGGUUAGUUCCAAGGAAAAAUUGGCUUCAAGGCCCUUCAAAAUUUGGGACGUGAAUAAUUGCUCUAAUACAUUGCAGGAUCCAUAUGAAUCUUCAGUCUCAAGUUUUGCAGUCAAUCGAGUGAUAUGGAGUCCUGAUGGAAGUUUGAUAGGGGUUGCUUUUAGUAAGCACUUCAUUCAUGUUUAUGGUUAUCAAGUGCAAGCUGAUCUGAGACAGCAUUUGGAGAUUGAUGCACAUGUUGGUGGAGUCAACGACUUAGCAUUCUCUCAUCCAAACAAGCAGCUUUGCAUUAUAACUUGUGGAGAUGAUAAGAUGAUUAAGGUUUGGGAUGCCUUAACUGGUCGCAAAAUUUAUAACUUUGAGGGCCAUGAGGCAGCUGUAUAUUCUGUGUGUCCCCAUCACAAGGAAAGUAUUCAGUUUAUCUUUUCAACUGCCAUUGAUGGAAAAAUUAAAGCCUGGUUAUAUGACAAUGCGGGAUCAAGGGUAGACUAUGAUGCUCCUGGAAAAUGGUGUACGACAAUGAUGUAUAGUGCUGACGGGACAAGGCUAUUUUCUUGUGGCACAAGUAAAGACGGAGAGUCGUUCCUGGUUGAGUGGAUGGAGAGUGAGGGAGCGAUCAAGAGAACAUACACUGGUUUCAGAAAGAAGAAUACAGGUGUCGUCCAAUUUGAUACAACACAGAACCACUUUUUAGCUGUGGGGGAUGACCACCAGAUAAAGUUCUGGGAUAUGGACAACACUAACAUUCUUACAGCAGUUGAUGCUGAAGGUGGCCUACCGACCCUUCCUCGUCUUAGAUUCAACAAAGAAGGGUCUCUUCUUGCAGUUAAUACUGCAGAUAAUGGAAUAAAGAUUCUUGCUAAUGCAGAUGGACACAGACUACUUAGGACAAUUGAGAAUCGUCCUUUUGAUGGAUCAUCAAGGUUACUCAUGGAUCCAACUGCAAUUAAGGUAUCUGGUGGUAUUCCAAUUGUUGCAGCAAGUGCAGCUACUAGUUCAGCUACUGAUAGAACAGAGCAUAUUGAGAGAGUUUCUCCAACCGGUGCUGUUUCUGGAAUGAGUGGGGUUGAUCCAGCACAAAAUUCAGAGAAACCAAGGGCGGCAUUGGAUGAUGUAUCUGAGAAAAUUAAACCCUGGAAGCUUGCUGAAAUCAUUGAUCCUACGCAAUGCUGGUGCAUAACACUACCCGAAGCUGCAUCCGAGUCUGCUUGCAAGGUUUCCAGGCUUCUAUACACAAAUAACGGAGUUGGAUUAUUAGCUCUUGGAUCUAAUGCAGUGCAUACAUUAUGGAAGUGGAGUCGCCAGGAGCUGAACCCCAGUGGCAAGGCAACUGCUAGUAUUCCUCCACAGCGUUGGCAACCAAGUAGUGGUCUUCAAAUGACUAAUGAUAUAACAGAUACAAAUCCAGAGGAGGCUGUUCCGUGCAUAGCUUUGUCAAAGAAUGAUUCAUAUGUAAUGUCAGCAUCAGGUGGCAAAGUGUCCCUAUUCAACAUGAUGACAUUUAAGGUUAUGACUACAUUCAUGCCUCCACCCCCAGCACCGACAUUCCUAGCAUUCCAUCCACAAGACAAUAACAUCAUAGCUAUUGGAAUGGAAGAUUCAAGUAUCCACAUAUAUAAUGUCAGAGUAGAUGAGGUGAAAACUAAGUUACAAGGUCAUCAGAAAAGAAUCACGGGUCUUGCUUUUUCCAAUUCUCAGAAUGUUCUCGUGUCAUCUGGUGGGGAUGCACAACUCUGUGUAUGGAACACAGAGACAUGGGAAAAGCGUAAAUCAAAGUUUAUCCAACUGCCACCUGGAAAACCAGUUUCUGGAGACACACGAGUUCAGUUUCAUUCAGACCAGCUUCACAUUCUUGUUGUUCAUGAAACACAACUUGUUAUUUAUGAUGCCUAUAAGCUGGAACAACAACGGCAGUGGUCACCACAAGGCACCCUUCCUGCACCAAUAUCCUAUGGAACAUAUUCACAUAAUAGCCUGCUCAUUUUUGCAUCAUUCUAUGAUGGUAGUAUUGGUGUGUUUGAUGCUGAAACACUGAGGCUAAGAUGUCGGAUAGCCCCAACUGCCUAUUUAAAUCCAGGAGUCAACAGUCAGGGUGUUUUUCCCUUGGUUAUUGCUGCACACCCUUCCGAACCGAAUCAAUUUGCCCUUGGAUUGGCUGAUGGAGCAGUUAAAGUGCUAGAACCAUCUGAAGCAGGAGGACAAUGGGGAUUACCUGCACCUUCUGAAAAUGGAACAUUGACUGCUAUAGGUGCUGGUACAUCAACUAGUAACCAUGGCUCAGAACAAGUUCCAAGAUGACCAGAUUCUCUGUAUUUUCUUUGAUUGUUCAGUUAGGUACUUUUGUUAACUGGCAAGUUUUUUCUAUUUUUUCCCUCCCCAAUAAUGCAAAAUAGCAGGGUCAGGGCUAAUUUGCUUUGAUCCUUGUACAAAUAUUUACGGGUGGUGAUUACAUAACCAUUUUACUGGGCAAGUCACUGAAAGGACGAGUGAAUGUGAGUCGCCAGGGCAUGUAUUUUAUUUGUGUUCUCCUGGAGAUGAGAGAUUUUUUAUUGUUGAACAAUAAGUUCAAUAUGGCAUGAUGGCUUAUAUUCCUUCAAAUUUGCUUACAAUCGUUGGACAGAUUAUGCAGUUUGUUUUAAAUUGUUUUGUAAGCUUUGAUGGCGAUUCGGCCUUCGUUGAAGGAGACAUAUAUCAUUUCAAUAUAUUCAAAUACAAAUUUGGCUC